AUGGAUCAAUGUGACUCAAGUCCCCAGUGGGUCUGGGGGACAAAAGGGGGAUUUGCACGGCUAACUACUGACCCGAGACAUAACCAAGAACCUGCUUCUACAGUUGACUACACAUUAGAAGUACGAGCGAAUAAACCCAUCCACGUCACAAACGAGAGGUUUUUGUCCAUUACUGUUGAUGUCGGCAUCCUGAACAAAAACUGGGGUAAUUUUAGUUUUGGAUCAUCCAAAUUGAAGACACUGACUAGCGCCCUCUCUCCAGCGUAUUUACGUCUUAGUGGCACAGCGGCAGACUACCUUGUUUUUAAAAGACAUUGUGAUGAUGAAGUGACAACGGGCCAAGUGGACCCUUUUUCUCAAAGACCUCUUACGUUUUUGUGCCCCGAAGACUGGGAUGGCAUCAACCAUUUUUGUUCCGAUACUGGCUUGAAGUUGAUAUUUGGACUUAACCAGUUACUUCGUACUGACGAUGGUCAAUGGGACCCGACCAAUGCCAAGCAGUUGUUGGAUUACAACACGUAUGAUGACGUGGCAUGGGAAUUGGGAAAUGAACCGAAUAGUUACCUGAAGAAAGCAAACGUCAGUAUAUCCGGCCAGCAAAUCGGCAGAGGCUUCAAUGUGUUGCGGUCGAUUCUGCAAAGUCGACCUCAAUACUCCGGCGCCUCGCUGUUUGGUCCCGAUAUCGGGGGCAUUACAAAGAGAAAGAAAGUGAAAUCCAUUUUAGCGGGGUUUCUUUCGACAACCAACGCGACCAACGCAACUACUUUCCACUCGUACUAUCUGAACGGUAGAACAGCCACCGUAGACGAUUUCCUCAACCCAGAAACACUGGACAGUUUACUCCCUGUUAAGAUCCGAACAGUGACGUCACAGGUGCGUAAAUACCACGGGAAGGAUGCGAAGGUGUGGUUAGGAGAGUCUGGGAGCGCCUUGGGUGGAGGGGCGCCAAACAUCUCAGACAGAUACGUGGCAGGAUUCUUGUUCCUUGAUAAACUUGGGAUGUGUGCAAAGAUGGGACUAGAUGUAGUGAUACGUCAGAGUUACUACGGUGGGAGCUACACCAUGUUAGACCUCGUCAGUCUGGAACCCAAACCGGAUUACUGGUCAGCGUAUAUUUAUAAGUACCUAGUUGGUCCCACAGUACUCCACGUGAAGCUGGAUACCAUUUCUUAUGAGUAUGACGGCGGGGGACCAGCCAAAUCAGAGACCGAUAAGCAAUAUUUGCGUGUGUAUGCUCACUGCACAGCAGCAGGAAAAAGUGGCUAUCGCGCAGGUGCAGUCACCCUAAUUAUAUUGAAUAUGAAUAAGGUCAACUGGGCGAACAUCACACUUCUGCGCAAACUCAGUGGGCGAACAGUCGACCAGUAUUUGUUAACACCACGUGAACACAUGGACAUGUCGUCAUCACAAGUCAACCUGAACGGUCAUCCCUUCCAGCUGGUCAAUGAUACCACUUUGCCUCAACUUGAACCGUUGGCGAUCGGACGAGAUGACCCCAUUCUUAUUCCUCCGUUGUCCUAUGGAUUUUACGUCGUGAAAGUAAAAACUAAAGCAUGCAUGUAGAAUGGGACCGGUUCAAAUCCCGGGAGGGGCUUACAAAGUGUUGAUGACAACAAAAAUGAUAAAGG